UUAUAAAUUACACCUUCAUGGACCCUCUCUCACCCAAAAGUCUAAAUACAUCAAAACUCCCAACUAACUCUUAAUUAGCAUAUUAAUUUCCAAUUAAUGUUUUUUAAAGGUGAAAUUACCAAAAAGCCCCUCCAAUUUAUUUCUUAAUUUAAAUUAAAAUGUAAAUCCCACUUCUUUAUCCACAGGCGUUGUUUGUCGGCUUCGUUAACCCCAGCACGCCAGCCUCCGUUUCCAUUAUCUUAAAAAAAUACAGGCAGCCUCCAUGGUCAACGGUCAACCCACCUCCAACCAACAACCUCUACCGCCAAAAUGUCAUCUCAGCUCUCAUCAAUUCCUUCUUCUCCUUCUCUCCUCAUUCCUUCACCAUGCGUUCAGUCUCGCAACCUCUCUUCUUCCUCCUCCUCCUCUUGGGUGUUUCCUCAACGGCGUCGUUUUCCCCCAAUGACACCUUCCCCGGCUGUGACCGGCUCUUCUCGUGCGGCCACUUUAAUGAUAUUUCCUACCCUUUCACCGGCGGGUCGCGUCCAGCGCAUUGUGGAUACCCGGGAUUCCGCCUGAGUUGCAGCAAUGAUUCUUCCGCCGAGUUGGAAAUCGGGUCACUAACUUUUCGGGUCAUCCAUCUUGACCCAACCAGUCACUCCAUGAUCCUCUCUCGGUUAGACCUAUACGAUACCACUUGCCUGCAAGAGUUUACUAAGACAACUCUCAAUUCAACUUUCUUCACGUUCGCUGAAGGCAACGAGGACGUCACUUUGUUUUACGGGUGCUCUCCCCUUCCGGUGUACAAGCCUGAGAAUCAGUUCUACUGUGACGUUGAUGGUGAUUUCGAUGACGCAUAUUAUCUAAUUGGGCCGGUUCCUAGCGACCCUAUACUAGGAAUAGUAAAUUGUAGUGUCGGCGUUACAGUACCCAUUCUUGAAACAACGGUGGAUAGGCUUGUUGCUAAUCGGUCAUUGCUUCAAGAGGUUUUGAAGGAAGGGUUUAACGUGAAUUACAGAGUCCCGUUCAGUGAUGAGUGCGGGAGCUGUGUUGAUUUGGGCGGGGCAUGUGGGUUUGACUCGGGUUCGGGUCAACCGCUUUGCGUUUGCGGGGAGCGAAUUUGUGCGAGUUCGAUUGCAGAUAAGAAGAAGAAGAAGAAGACAAAAACACUGGCGAUAGUCCUUGGCGUAGGAGGUGGAGCAGCUGCUCUUCUUAUUCUGGUUCUGUGCCUUCUAUAUAUUCGCAAGCGAAAAGUCAAAAUUGCAGCUCAAACUACAAGCAAAAGCCUGCCAACACCUGAUUCAAGCAAAGGUCCACCUACUACUACCUCAUCAAGUCUAUUGCAAAGCACCCCUUCUUAUCAAUCUUCGAAGUCUGACUUUGGAAACGGGAGCAUGUACUUAGGAGUUCAGGUCUUCAAUUACUCUGAACUUGAGGAGGCAACUAACAAUUUUGACGCUUCUAGAGAACUCGGAGAUGGAGGGUUUGGCACUGUCUAUUAUGGUGUACUGAAAGAUGGGCGUGCAGUUGCAGUGAAGCGUCUUUACGAGAAUAGUCUCAGACGCAUUGAGCAAUUCAGGAAUGAAGUUGAGAUCUUAACUCGUUUAAGGCAUUCAAAUCUUGUUAUGCUAUUUGGAUGCACCUCAAGACAUAGCCGAGAACUUCUGCUUGUUUAUGAGUACAUUCCUAAUGGAACUGUGGCAGAUCAUCUCCAUGGAAAUCGGGCAAAUUCUAGUCCGCUUACUUGGCCUGUACGAUUGAACAUUGCCAUAGAGACGGCUAGUGCUCUCAGUUACCUCCAUGCAACUGAUGUGAUACACCGGGAUGUCAAAACCAACAACAUUCUCCUGGACAAUUAUUUUCAUGUAAAAGUUGCUGAUUUUGGUCUGUCAAGAUUGUUCCCCACCCAUGCCACCCAUGUAUCAACUGCUCCACAAGGGACCCCGGGCUAUGUUGAUCCUGAGUACCACCAAUGCUACCAGCUUACAGAUAAAAGUGAUGUUUACAGCUUUGGAGUGGUCUUGAUUGAGCUUAUUUCAUCAAAAGAAGCUGUGGAUACAAAUAGACACCGGUAUGACAUAAAUUUGGCUAACAUGGCUAUCAACAGAAUUCAGAAUCACGCACUGCAUGAACUAUUUGAUCAAAAACUUGGAUUCGAAAAUGAUAUUGAGAUAAAGAGGUCAAUGACUUCAGUAGGAAUGGCUACUCUGCAGAAAUUCAAGCUGCUAGCCACUCAAUGCGCUGUGGCGGGGAGUCCUACGCGGAGUCCUACUACCAGUCCCGUUAUCCACCUCCGCCGCCGUAAAACUUUGCGGAUGCUACUUAAUCGAACCUCAGAACGUCGCGGAUUCUCUCGCCGAGCCGGCUCGCCUGACCUCCAAGAAAUAGCUGAGGAAUCUCCGGAGAUCGAGAGUAGCGGGAGCAAAAAGAAGGAGAAGAUUCGAGUGAGGCGCAAGUUGAAGGAGCUGUUCAUCUCCUCUCCGCCGUUUGAAGAUAGAGAUAGGAGCACAGUGAAUGACAGAGAAGGGCUGUUACCGGCUACCGGCGGCGUUGGUGGUAGUGCCGCCGCCGGAUUUUCGAGUCGGCGUAUUGGUUCAUCUGCCUCCCUCAGGCCAGUCUCAUCCACGUUCCGGUACAGGCUACUGAGAAGAGCUUGGAGACCUGUGCUCGUCACCAUCCCAGAGUAG